GAGCGAUUCAACACAUACGUGAUGAUGUCGGAUGCUAUCAACGCCAUGACUGACAAGUCGCCACACCCCACCAUGUACAGUAGCCGGUCGGUCCAUCAGUCCAACUCAAUCACAUCGGGCGAGCCUUGCAGCUGCUGGUCGUCGCCCGUCAGAUCCAUCGCUGCAGGGUUGUGCUGGGCGCUGCGCGCCACAUUCUGCUGGCGCUGCCUCUGCUGCACUUGGGGUGCCAGCCGAGAGGGAAACAUGGGCCACGCUGGGCGGGAUGGGGGGACGCUGGCAGCAGCAGCACCACCACCAGCAGCAGCAGCAGCAGCAGCGGCAUCCCCACGCCUUAUCUAAAAGACGGAAGAGAGGAUUGGGGCAGAGAGCGGUGAGAGAGACACCACACACGUCGGAUGGCAUUCUGCCUUUCAUUUCAUUCUCUCCUCUCACCAGAUCGGCGAAUGGGUCGGGUUUCCUUUCCUGUUCGCCAGGCAGCUUCCUGGCCUGCUCGUCGGCCGCCUUCUUAACCGCCACGAGGCCCUUGCGGACGGCCGAUGACGACUGCAAGCCGCCCAUCUUGGCCAGGAUGUGGCCGAAGACGCAGCUGUCGUACCUCACUAGGAGGCGCUCGAUCUCGACGUCAACCAGCCGCCGUAAGGCCUAAGGGAGAAGACAGCAGAUGGAGAGGAAGGGCUGUGUCUGUAUGAGGCAGGGACGUGUGUUGGUCUGUUGUACCUACCAUGAUGAGGUCGGUCUUCAUCCUCUCCCCUGGGCUCACUGGGCCGCCAUCUCUGCCGCCUUGACUCAGCUCCACCGGACGCACACCACUCGCCCGCCCCUCCCCACCUUCCUCCUCCCCAUCACCCAUACCCACACCCACGCUCAUACUCACACAGCCGGCGACGAGGUCAGCCACGUCCCCGUGUGCGGCGUCUUGUGCCGGCCCCUCGGUCGUCGUGAGCAUCUGGCCGAAUGCGUGCAGCUGCUGGUCGCCAGUCGUCAGGACGAAAAGCAGGAGGGCUGCGUAGCUGUCUGUCGACUCCUUCAUCGCCGCCAGCACUCGGGGCUCCACUGCCGAUGGCAUGCGCUUUUGACGCUGCUGGUGCUGCUGCUGGUGGUGAUUUAGGGGCCAGAUGAGGGGGAUGUUGGGUGGGGGAGGGGACAAGGGCGAUUGGCUGGCCUGGCCGCUGACCCGCUGCAGGAUGGUGCGGCUGAUGUUGCACUCGUGUGACGGGCAGAAGGUGUGCUCGCAGCUGGGCCUCUCCGCUGCUGCUGCUGCUGCUGCUGCCACUGCCCCAGCGGGUGUCUUCUUCUUUUUCCUCCCCGCGCCCCUCUCUUCUUCCUUCCGCCCGCCCGGCCACUCUUCGCCCGCAUCCACCAGCGACACGGCCAAGUCAGCCCUGGGGAAUUUGAGCUGCAUUGACGAGCAGGCAGGAAGGCUCCGGUCCGAAAACCGCUGGAACCGCGGAAGAAAGUCGCUCCUGAGCUCGGGGGGGCCCCGUGGCCGCGCCAAGACGUACCUCAGCAGCAGUAGGUAGCACACCGUGGCCGGCUCGUCUCUGAGCAUGAGGGACUGCACGAAGCUCUCCCAGAUGCAUUGUGCCACCCGGGCGAGCCGGAUGAGGCAGUGGCUGCUGUCGGCGGGAUCGAUGUGGGGCAGGUUGCGACACCUGCAGCAGCAGCCACCGCAGAUGUGCAGGCUGAUCAGCACCAUGAAGCCAUCCACGUGCAAGGCCGCCGGCCCGCUCUUGACGAUCGCCUUCACCAGCAGCCAGAUGACAUCAAACGGCACCAUCUGGAGGUGCCUCUGCGCCACCCCCCACACCAGCUCCAGCCACCGCAUCCGACCAGAAACGUUCUCGCCUGCUCUCUGCUUGAGCUUCUGGAUGUGGUCCCGCAGGACCUGGAAGGACCCCGUCAUCGAGAGCACCAGCCGACGCACUGGGCGGCCAGAAGUGAUCGCAGGCAGCGUCAGGAAGUGGCAGAGAAGUAGGAGGAUGAUCUCGCUCGUCACACGGCGCAGGGCGGCGAGAAAGGGGGGCUGCGAUGUCGAUGUCGAUGGCGACGCCGACGCCGACGGGAUGCCGUCGUCCAUGCCUGUGAUAGACGCCAGCCGGGCAGAUUGCUCAAUCAGGCCCUCAAGCACGUCGUCAUGCCACUCCAUAGAGGCGAAAUACACACCACUGCUGUCAGCCGGGCCAGCUGAUGUCGCUUGAUCUUCCUUGGCGGGCGGGGAGGGGACAGGGGCCUGCGGCGCGGCGAUGGCUGCCUCCUCGGAGUGUGUGGUCGGGUCGGGCCAGUGCAAACGGACCAUCUGCCGGCAGAGCUGACGGAUGAGUCGCUGCUGCUGCUCCCCAGUGAGGCACGAAGGGCUGCCCGUCGCGCCGGCGUCAAUCUCCAUGGGUGCAGCUGAGUCGCUCUGACGGUCACGGAUGGCCGACUGCCGGAUGGAUGGCAGCAGCGACGGGUCUGUCGAGUUGAGGAGCACCAGACGCAGGUGCAUCCGGUGGAACAGGCGAAGCAAAUCGGGUUUCGUGAUGGUGCUGCUGCUGCUGUUGCCAGCGAGGACUCCAUCUCCACUGCCGGCGGUCCUUCUCAUCAGGCGGCGGAUUUGCUCAUCUCCUGCACCAUCCUUCCUGAGUUCCUCCUCCAUCAGCCUGCGCAGCGCAUCCCGCCCUGUCGGCACGAUGCCUCGCUGCGGCAGGCCGCUCAGGCGGGCGUCCUGGAUCUCACGCUGUCUGCCCUUCGUCUGGCGCAGGGCUUUGUGGAUCUCGUGGACAAUCGGGUCGAUUGACGUUGCUGCCGCUGCCAGGAGGUCAUCGAGGCCACCGUCCUCACGCGCGGCCAACUCCAGGACGCUCAUUUUGGG